AUGAAGCUCGACCUCACCCCUACCAUUGAACCGAGUAGCUUUAGCUACGACCACGUCUUUGGUGAGGGGUGUACCAACGAGGAGGUUUACCACGGCUGCUGUCAGCCUCUCCUCCAGAGUGUGCGAGACGGUGUCGGCGCCGUCAUCUUCGCCUUUGGACAGACGGGUAGCGGCAAGACGCACACGAUGCUCGGCACAGGGGAGCGUCCCGGUCUUUACAGCUUAGCCGUGACGGAGCUUCUCACCAUGACGGAACACAGCACCAUGACGGCGAGUUUCUACGAGGCGUACGGGGUGAAGCUCUACGACCUGCUCAACGAUCGAGCGGAGGUAAAGAUGCUUCAGGAUGAGUACCAGAACGUGCAUAUCGUGGGCAUAACUGAGCAGGUCGUCAGCUCCGUCGAUGACGUCCACGCGUUGAUGAUGAGAGGCCAGCAGUUGAGGGCGAUCGGCACGACGCAUGCAAACGACCGCAGCUCGCGAUCGCACGCCGUGCUGGAGAUCAAGCUGAAGCUGGUGGACAGUAGCAUUGAGCCGCAACUAGGCCGUAUCACCUUUGUAGAUCUAGCAGGCAGCGAGCGGGCAUCCGAUACGGCGGAAACGGAUGCCAAGACGCGUCGCGAAGGCGCUGAGAUCAACAAGUCGCUCCUGGCGCUGAAGGAGUGCAUACGCGCUAUGUCGAUGCGCAAGCGGCAUAUCCCGUUCCGCGGCUCAAAAUUAACGCAGAUUCUCCGCGAGAGCUUCGUUGGCCGCUGCAAGACGUGUGUGAUCGCGGCGAUAUCACCAUGCCAGAGCCACUGCGAGGACACCCUGAACACCCUGCGCUACGCGGACCGCAUCAAAGAACUGAAGGGGCCCACAAACCCGCAUAACGGGGUGAAGCCGAUCCCGUGUAAGACAUGCGGGCAGCCCAUCUUCAUUGGUGACCGACACGUGUGCAAGCGCCACGUGGUGCCCUGUUUCCACUGUAGGCAGGAGGUAGACAAACAGGAGCUGGACGCGCAUGUGACAGAGUGCAGGGAGUCGCCCAUGCGCUGCCAGUAUUGCAACGAACGCAUGCCGCGCAGCGAGGCAGCCAGUCACAGCCGGCGCUGUGCCCGCGCCCCAACUCGCUGCGGUGCAUGCGGUGCCAUAGUACCACGCCAGCUCAUGGACAGGCACACCCAGCAGGAAUGCGCGGAGGCGAAGGUGAAGUGCCGUUACUGUGGCGGCGUACAGAGCCGCCAAGCACUCGCAGCGCAUGAGCAGAGCUGCGACGCUGCGAAGAUGGCGUGCCCGCACUGCCUGCAGUUUAUCCGCAAGAGGCGACUGGAGGGACACGUCGCGAGCUGCGUUCGUAACCCCAACCGUACAUUGCAGACACCGCGCAGUACUGCUCUGAGCAUCGUCGCGUCAACUUCAAUGGACACAUCGCAGACGCUGGCCUCUUCCUACUCCAGCAUCGGAGCGCAGCAGGGCAUUCUGAAGAGUGUGGCAGUCCCGGCAACGGUGUCGUCGCGUGCAUCUUCUUCACACAACCGCAACACAGCUGCCGGGUCGGGUGGGCAGGUGUCCCUGGUGGCCGCUGGCGAAGGCACGGGCACUCUCAAGUUCACUGAAGCCCACUCGUCUCAUACCUCACCGGCUCGGUUGAGCAGCAGUGCAUCGUUUAUUAACCGACCCGAGUCGCGACGUGCACCUGCGGCAGGACGUCGCUGGAACGCCUGUGCCCUCGGCACCGACGAAGCCGACACCGAGGGCGAUAAUGACAGCGGCAACGUCGUCUGCCCGUACUCGCGCUACGGCUGCCCCGUCAAGGUGACGCGGCUGAACCUGGCGGCCCAUUUGAACGAGUCCAUGGUGCAGCACCUAGAGCUCGUCACGAUGUACGCGGACCGUGUGGAUGAGCAGAACAUGCAGCUGCGACGCCUCGUGAUUCACGAGGCGGACACGUUGAGCAGUUGUGCCACGAUGGAGCGUCUGAGCAAGUGA